UCUUAGUGAAGGUUGGCCAAGCCCAGAUCUAAGAAACAUUCCUCAAGUCAAAAGACGUCUGGACAUCAAAUCAUUAGCAUCUUCUGGUUCAUUGUCUAGCAGUGACAUUGAGUAUGAAAAAAUAUACUACACUGAGAAACCAGAAAUGGUAGAAACUGUAACACUUCUACCAGUUAAGACCCAAUCUUUGAGUCAUGAUCCUAAUGCAAGCUGGCCCAGCUUAAAUUUUGGAAAUAUUCCUAACAUUAAAAGGCGUCUAGAUAUCAAAAUGUCAUCACCCACCCCAAGAUCACCUACUGACAAUAAAUAUGAAACAUUGUAUUACAAUGAAAGGGAAGCAAAAACAGUAAAGAGUCCAUUGCUAACAUCUCCAACUCCAAGCCAGGAUUUUAAUGAGGGUUGGCCAACCCCAGAUCUAGGAAACCUCCCUCACGUCAACAGACGUCUAGAUAUCAAAAUAUCAUCACCCACCCCAAGAUCACCUACUGACAAUAAAUUUGAAACAUUGUAUUACAAUGAAAGAGAAGCAAAAACAGUAAAGAAUCCAUUGCUAACAUCUCCAACACCAAGUCAGGAUUUUAAUGAGGGUUGGCCAACCCCAGAUCUAGGAAACCUCCCUCACAUCAGAAGACGUCUAGAUAUCAAAAGGUCAUCACCCCCUCGAAGAUCAUCUUCUAGCAGUGACAGUGAAAAUGAAACAAUACACUACAUAGAAAGAGCAGGAAAUGUGGACAUUGUCAAAAGUGCAUUGCAACCAUCUCCAACUCCAAGCCAGGAUCUCAGUGAAGGUUGGCCAAGCCCAGAUCUAAGAAACAUUCCUCAAGUCAAAAGACAUCUGGACAUCAAAUCAUUAGCAUCUUCUGGUUCAUUGUCUAGCAGUGACAUUGAGUAUGAAAAAAUAUACUACACUGAGAAACCAGAAAUGGUAGAAACUGUAACACUUCUACCAGUUAAGACCCAAUCUUUGAGUCAUGAUCCUAAUGCAAGCUGGCCCAGCUUAAAUUUUGGAAAUAUUCCUAACAUUAAAAGGCGUCUAGAUAUCAAAAUAUCAUCACCCACCUCAAGAUCACCUACUGACAAUAAAUAUGAAACAUUGUAUUACAAUGAAAGAGAAGCAAAAACAGUAAAGAGUCCAUUGCUAACAUCUCCAACUCCAAGCCAGGAUUUUAAUGAGGGUUGGCCAACCCCAGAUCUAGGAAACCUCCCUCACGUCAAAAGACGUCUAGAUAUCAAAAGGUCAUCACCCCCUCGAAGAUCAUCUUCUAGCAGUGACAGAGAAAAUGAAACAAUAUACUACAUAGAAAGACCAGCAAAUGUGGACAUUGUCAAAAGUGCAUUGCAACCAUCUCCAACUCCAAGCCAGGAUCUCAGUGAAGGUUGGCCAAGCCCAGAUCUAAGAUACAUUCCUCACAUCAAAAGGCGUCUGGAUAUAAAAAUGUCAUCACCCAGCCAAAGAUCAUCUUCUUGCAGUGACAGUGAAAAUGAAACAAUAUACUACAAAGAAAGACCAGGAAACAUGGAUGUUGUCAAAGGUCCAUUGCUAACAUCUCCAGCUCCAAACCAGGAUCUUAGUGAAGGUUGGCCAAGCCCAGAUCUAAGAAACAUUCCUCAAGUCAAAAGACGUCUGGACAUCAAAUUGUCAUCACCUGCUCGAAGAUCAUCUUCGAGCAGUGACAGAGAAAAUGAAACAAUAUACUACAUAGAAAGACCAGCAAAUGUGGACAUUGUCAAAAGUGCAUUCAGCGAUGACAAAAGUGACAGUCAAUAUACAGACUUUCCUGAAAGAUGGGAUUUGGAGAUUAGAAAUGAUCCAAAAGAGUUGCCAAUGCCUGAAGAAAAUGAAGAUGUUUUUAUUGUAAGUCCUAAAAAGUCUCCACUCAGCAACAUCUUCUCCAGUCCAAAGCCGUUCCAUAACAUUACAUUACAAAAGUAUACACCCGUUACAGAAACCUUGGAUCCUCAACCAGUAGACAAUAACAUAAGCACAACUCCAGAGAUCAACCCAGAACUUCAAUCACGGUGGGCCACCAUGAAUCUUGGUGUCUCCCGCUUCAGAAAACGUCUUGAAAUAUCAUCACAGUCGUCACCCGAUGGGAGUGAAGGUGAGACUGGGAACAAAGGCAGCAGAAGGCUACGAAGGAGAGGGGAGAGGAUGCAAGAGAUUAUAUCCACAGAUUCAUCUCCAGUCGUGGAGAAUAUUCCUCCCACUACAACCAGUCUGGAUAACUACAGUAACUUAGGGGAAGCUAAAGAAGUCAUCAGGGAGGAAUACAGCCGUUCUACAAGUGAGGGCAUUCCAACCUCACCCACCCUGGCAACUGGUUUUGGUAUUCCUCCUAUAAGAAGAUAUUUAGAUAUCAGGGUCCGUGAAGAAAGUCCUAAUGAAAAUGAUAGAGUAGACUUUACAGAGAGUGCAGGUAACAGCCUGAGUGGGAUAAAUAAGGAAACAUCCCAGGAUCACACCUCUUUGUUUGUGGCCCCUGUCAGCAACCCCAUGGAUGGGUCACACAAUAGAACAGAGAUCAUGGAAGUGACUGAACUAAAGAGCCAAACAUCAAAUGUUGGACAAGAGUUUGACCCAUUGUGGCCAUCACAAAGACAUUCUUCCUCAGGAAGCAACAGUGAAGAUGAGACAAGCGACCUGAGAAAUGUUGGCAUCCCACAAAUUAAGAGGCGUCUGGACAUUAGGGCACCAUUCCCUCCUUUAAUUAGUUCCUCAUUUGUGAGUAAAAACGAAAAUGAAACUGUGGAACACUCACUGAAUCAAAGCAAAUAUCCAUCAAGCAUGUCAGACGUAACGGCGGAUUACUCUCAAAUCAUGUAUAAACGAUCAAUAAUGAAAGGCUCUUUGCCAGUCAGUACUACUUAUUCCACUGGUGGCCCAAUUCAAAGUGUAGAUCCUCUAGAUGAUAUGGUAGACAGAUCGUCUUCAUGGAGAGUCACCAGUUUAAGCCUCGAUCGUCCCCAGCUUAAGUCAAAGAGCAGCACAGCUGUUGACCUGAACCCUGAGAUAAGAUGGACUGGCCUUGGUCAUCAUUUGUCUGACUUCUCUGUCUCCAGUCCAGAGUUACCUUCAAGUCCACCUCCAAUGCCAGAACCUAGCCCAUCUACCUCCCUCGACUCCUCUUCAAGUAGAAGCGACACGAUAAUAAAACAAGACAAUGAGGUGACGCUCUCAUACAAAUACCCUGUCACCACUAGAUUUGAGACGACGGACGCCACAUACACCAACAGAAAUGAGAUGUUUAAUGCCGGGUCUGGUAAAAAAAGAAGAAGCAAAGGUCUGAGUGCUUUAAAAGCCAUGUCUUCAGAUCGGCUGACAUGGGACACACAGGGUGAAGAUUUAGGUGCUGUGUAAAACAUGUUGAAGAGAAGUCAUAGGACGCCACAUAAAACCAACACAGGUAUUUUCUACUACUGAUGUUAACAAGGCCACACAUCCGCUGUUGUUUUAUUUAAAGUGCUACUGCAGCUUUUAAAGCAAAGUCACCUGUUGAGAAAGCUGAUUUUGAAUCAUCAGCCUGGCAAUGUGGCAGAGCAAGUUUGAAAUAAGGUGAAAUGUGAAUUAUCUAUAUUACAAAAUUGGGAACUUCAGUUGCAAAAAUUGAGUGUAUGUGGUAUUUGAGAAUAUCAGGGCACUUGUAACACCGCUAACUAUUUGAUAAUGAACUAAGCACUGCAAUUAAAUACAAAUAUUUAAAAUAAAUGUACAGUAAAAGUAAUAUAAGUAAAAGUGAUAUAUAUUAAUUCAAUUUUCAUAUUUAUUUACCAUAUCUAAGUCAUGUACGAUGGUUUUAAAAGUUGACUUGAUCAUUAAAACGCUAAGUGACAAAUUA